GUGGAAAUGUAUCCUGUUCAAAUAGUUCCUACUGGAAACCUGAUUUAUUCCUUAUUCUCUUGUCUAAGCAGUCAAUGCUCUCUUAUCCAACUUGUCACUUGUCAUGUUUCUGACUAAAUGGGUAAAAAAAGAAGAAGAAGAAGAUGGAUUUUUCAGUGAAAUUAUAAUCCACAAGUUCAUGUAUGGCCAUGAGUAGAUGCAAAAAAAAUGAAGCAGGCAAGCAAAUAUGGCAAAAUUUUAAUUUUUGACAACUAUUGAUGCAUUGUGUGAUUCAACCAAUCAACACAUAACAAUAUUGGUAAUCCUAUCCAGUAUUUUGUAAAAUGGAUGAGAUAAAGAUUGAGGAUGAUAAGGGCUCUAUUGCAACCCUUGAAAGUUUUCCAUAUAUUUGUCGAAUUUGUUUGAAACCAGGCGACUUGAGCUUGUUCCAAGAAAAAAGCCAUUUAUUUGAAUUAUUUCAUGAGAUCAGGAAAAUUAAUGUUCAUUCCCUGAUCAAUUUUCCGAAGAAUAUAUGCAAGGCAUGCAUUGAUACACUGGAAGAAAUAUCAUUGUUUAUUGAAAUCGCUAAGAACAACGAUGCCAUUCUGAGAAUUAAAUUUUUGCCAGAAAACUAUAGUGAAGUAGUAGAAUAUAAAACCAGUAGAGCAAGUGAAGGCGAUAAAAACAACGUAUCUUUGAAGGAAUCUGGGGUUUGUUGCAUUUGUUUGUCUCCAAGGAAUUUAACAGCGUUUAAAGAGAAACCGCAUCUUUGGCAGCUAUUUCAAAAUAUUACCAACAUCGAUGUUAAACCUAAAAUGAACACGUGUAAGGCAUGUAUCAACAGACUAGACGAAAUAUCAUGGUUUAUCAAUUCGUCACUUUGCAAUGACGUUAAACUUGAGAAUACGAGUAUAUCUGUGAAAACUGAAAGUUAUGCAAGUUCGAUGGAUAAUGCAUUAUCGGCCCAGAGUGAUUUAGAACUCAAGAAAAAUGAAUUGGCAAGGGAAGAUACUAUUGAGGAAAACUCGUCUGGAGAUGAUAUCAAAAGAUUUAUCAAUGUGAAGGAAGAAAUAUUUGAUGAUGAACUAGAAACAAUUUCUCCAAACUACAAAAGCGAUUCAGAAUUCCAAACUCUCGUCUCCCCAAAAAAGACAUUUGAAUGUAAAUACUGUCAAAAUCGGUUCACUCGAAAAUGGCAUUUACAACAGCAUUUGUACACUCACACUGGUGAGAAACCUUUCCGCUGUGAUUGCUGCGAGAAAAGUUUCAUUCAGAAACAUCAGCUGAAAAGCCACAUGUUGACUCACACUAACGAAAAACCAUUUGAAUGUGAUUUUUGCAAAAGUAAAUUCACUAUUAAGGGAAGUUUGAAGCGUCAUUUGCUUAGUCAUACCGGAGAAAAGGCAUUCCAGUGUAACUUCUGCGAAAAAAGUUUCGCUAAAAGUUAUGUUUUAAAACGACAUCUGCUUGUUCAUUCUGAUGAAAAACCUUUCCACUGUGAACAUUGUGAUAGGAGAUAUAGUGGAAAAAGUCAACUAAACGAACAUAUACGAACUCAUUCAGAUAAAAAACCUUUCGAAUGUGAUGUUUGCAAAAAAAGCUACUCGAAAAAAUCACAACUGAAUGAACAUUCUAUGACACAUGCUGCAGAAAAGCCGUUUCGGUGUCAUUCUUGCGACAAAAGUUUCUUUCUGAAACGUCAGUUGAAAAAUCAUUCCCUCAUUCAUACUGACGAAAAGCCAUUCCAAUGUUACAUCUGCCAAAAACGUUUCGUCCAAAAGUUCCUGCUGGGUAGACAUUUGUUUACUCACACUGCCGAAAGAUCAUUCCACUGCAAUUUAUGCGAAAAAAGUUUCAUUAAAAGUUCCGAGUUGCAGCGGCACCUGCUCAUUCACACCGACGAUAAACCUUUCAAGUGUCACAACUGUGAGAAAAGUUUCAUCCGGAAAAGUCAACUGAUUGACCAUGUCCUCACUCAUUCUAAAGACCAACCAUUCGAAUGUAUCGUCUGCAAAAAACGCUUCUCUCAGCAAUCGAAACUGAACCGGCAUGUACUCAGUCAUUCAUCAGAGAAGCCUUUUAAGUGUCAUUCUUGCGACAAAAGAUUCAGUAGAAGUUACAGUUUACAGCGGCAUUUGCUUAUUCACACUGAUGACAAGCCCUUUCAGUGCCACCACUGCAAGAAAAAAUUUAUUCGAAAGGAUCAACUUAAAGAUCACUUGUUCUCUCAUUCUAGUGAAAAAAGGCCAUUCGAAUGCGAAAUUUGCAAAAAAUGUUACGUGCAAAAAUCUCAGUUAAAGCGGCAUUUGCAUAAACAUGAGGGUAAAAAGCCUUUUGAGUGCCGAAUUUGUGAAAAAGGUUUCGUUUUGAAAUAUCAAUUGAAAAUCCAUUUGAGGACUCACACUAAAGAAAAACCAUUUCAGUGUCAUUUUUGCAAAAAACAAUUCACACAAAAGAUUCAUUUGAGCCGACAUUUGAUCAUUCACGAUGUAGAGAAAGCAAAGCAGGACUCUGAUAAACAUUUCAUUCAGUAAAAUAAUUCAUUGUUUACUUGUUAUUCAAUAUCAUAAUUGUAGGCUCAUUAUUUUUGAUAAAUUACUGUGGAACAGUGGGAUAUUUUUUAGGAAAGGUGAACUUUUGUAAAAAACAUUUUGUACUUCUACCUCGUUAUAUAGAAAAUGUAGAACUUCCGACGAAAGGACAAAAGAAUUGAAAACUUUAGGUAUGUGCGAUGUAAAGAAUAUUUUUCUCAGUAUUUCUCUAAAUGAAACUAUCAGUAUUGUAGAGAAAUGUUUGGAAAAAAGGUCAAUCAAACCAAUAGUAAAACGUAUUGUAACAAAUUAAAGAAUUAACUG